AUAAAGAGCUACAGUUUCACAUUGUUAAGCAAGCUAGAGCUCAAAGUGCAAAGGAAGGCACAGGCUACAGUGAAGGAUCUUACUCCUUACUGCCUGUAGAAGUUCCUCAAAACCACAAGCGUUUCACCUGUGACCUGACUCAAGCUGAUCGCCUUGCUCUUUAUGAUUAUGUUGUUGAAGAAACAAAGAAACAGAGGUCUAGAUCCCAAAUAACAGAGAAUGACAGUGAUCUGUUUGUGGAUUUAGCAGCAAAAAUCACCCAAGAUGAUAGUCAGAAAGGUCCAAAGUCCCACCUGGAAAUUCUGGCUGAGAUGAGAGACUACAAGAGGCGGCGGCAGUCAUACAGGGCUAAGAAUGUUCAUAUAACAAAGAAGUCUUACACUGAGGUGAUUCGGGAUGUGAUUGGUGUGCAUAUGGAAGAACUCAGCAAUCACUGGCAGGAGGAGAACAGGUUGGAUAAUGCAGAGAUCUGUGAAGGAGGGAAGUCGAAAUCUUCAGGAAGGACGGACAGGCGCUCAGUGUCGGUGGACUCACGGCAGUCUGGAGGAAGCAGUAAGGAUACUGAAUGCACCAGACACAGGAGAGAGACCAGCAGGAGUCCAAGUAAACGGAGAAGGAGUCGCGAGAGAGGCAAAGACAGAGACUCUCGGAGAAAAAGAGACAGGGAUGAAGACAAGUAUCACAGCCAUAAAAGAAGAAAGUAGAAACCAGAACCUGAUUGUUUUGUUUGUCAGCUGUUCGAAAAAUUACUUGCCCCCAAGAACUAUAGUUGCUGCUGUUGUGCCAGGGACAAUAAUGCUGUGCACAUAUUGGUGUUACAUCACAGCUGUGCUUGGAGACAAAGAAGAGUUAAAAGUUUGUCAGGAUGGAAGCAGUGUAUAUCAGGAAAUGUGUAAAUCUGUAACAUUCAUGCAUCUGUUAAUAAAUUAUAUUGAUCUCAUGU